AUGGGUCCCACUGUGGUCUUCUCUUGGAUGGUAAUGAUGUGUCUUGGAAUACAGAUGGAUACAGGCUGUCUCUGCCACUUCUCACUUUUGCUGCGCUCUGUAGGUACUUUCCCCUGUGGUGGCUUCCUCUUGGCUUCGUCUGGCUCCUUUCAAAGCCCCAACUAUCCCAACACCUACCCCAACAACGCAAACUGCGUGUGGAGAAUCCAGCUGCAGGAGGCGAACUACAGAGUGCACCUGACCUUUGUGGAUGUAGAGCUGGAAGGCACCACCUGCCAGUACGACGCCAUCGAGGUGUACGACGGCAGGCUGUACGGGGCCCCUCUCCUAGGGAAAGUUUGCAGUAACAACCACCGCGUGUUUGUGUCAUCUGGAAAUGAGCUGACCGUCCUGUUUCGCAGUGACGGCAGUGUCACGCGCAGAGGCUUUCAGGCCUCCUACUAUUCAGUUCCCAACUACAUCACCACUCCAGGUGAGACGAGUGRGGUCUUCUAGUGCUUGCCAGGAGGC